AUGGUCAUGUGCUACUCAUUUUUGUUGGAAUCACUUCUACUUGGCCUUCUAAUUGAACCUAUCGCAGCUUGGAAUCUUCAGUAUGUUCAUAAUUUUUUGCGUCCAUUUGCUGCCUUCAAUGCGUUUCAGGAGAUUGUUUGGUUUGUGAGUCAAAAACAACAAGUGCCUGAAUUGGAUCAGUUUAUACGUAUCGUAGAUGAAGCAUUCGGAGCAACUGCUACUCAAACGGUGAUCAACAACAAUACGGAAUUGCGUAUGAUAAGGGCCCCGGCAAGGAGAAAUCAUAUGAGUUUUGUAUUCACCACCGGAGUGGAUGAUCCCAUUAUGGAGGUGUAUAAUAAAGUCUUACUUGGACGACAUUUCUACUUCUCAGUGGUUAUGCUGAUCGAUAAUGUCACUGAGAUUCAGCUAGUCCAUGAUUUAUGUCGCUAUCUCUAUGAUUAUCAAUUCUUCAAUUCGAUGAUUUAUUUCCAGUCGGCGGAUGGAGUUAAUCAAUUGUAUGGGGCAUCGAAAUUUCCAAGUAUGCAGAUUGAAAAUCGCACAGAUUUCCAGACAUAUCUACGCAAGUCCCUAUCGAAAGUUGUGAAUGCCCGUUCAGAUGUUGGGGGAUAUGGUUUUCCCACACCAUUGCGUCAGGAUAUGCCGCACCUGUUCAGAUCACAAAUGGGCUACGAUGGAAGUACAUAUAGGAUAAUUGAGACUUUUGUACGAUUUAUUAAUGGCAGUUUCGCCGAGUUACCUCUGCCCCCCGAUGCCUUGGGGGGCAAAGCAAUUAAUAUGAAACAAGCCUUGCAAUUGGUACGAGAUCGACGUGUGGAAUUUCUAGCCCAUGCUUAUGCCUUGUUUAUGCCAGACGAAGGGAUCGAGAAGAGCUACCCUCUGUUGGUGGUGCAGUGGUGUCUGAUGGUGCCCACUUCGAUAUCUGUUUCAACGUACUUUUAUCCUCUGCAACCUUUUGAUUUCAUGGUAUGGUUUUUUGUACUUGGAGCAUUUGUGGCCUUAAUUUUGCUGGAACUUUUGUGGCUCAGCAUUGGCAAAAAGAGGCACUCGGAUGGCAUAAAUGAUGCAUUAUUGAACUCGUUUUGCUAUAUUAUCAAUAUAGCCACCGCUCGUCAACUACAAAAGCCACCAAUUUUGAGAUUUCUUCUAUUGGCAGCUGUCUUUUUUUAUGGCUUUUUCCUAUCGGCAAAUUAUACAUCGACACUUGGUAGUAUUUUGACUGUUAAUCUCUUUCAUGCCCAGAUCAAUACAAUGGAAGAUAUAAUACGUGCCCAAUUACCUGUGAUGAUUAUCGAUUAUGAGCUGGAAUUCUUAUUGCAACUUCACAAGGAAUUGCCGGAGGAGUUUGUAAAACUUCUAAGGCCAGUCGAUAGUGGGAUAUUUGCAGAGCAUCAAACCAACUUUAAUAGCACCCACGCCUACUUUGUCACAGAGGAUCAAUGGCAAUUUCUUGAUGAGCAGCAAAAACACUUGAAACAGCGAAUCUUUAAGAUGAGCAGCAUUUGCUUUGGUUCCUAUCAUUUGGCCUAUCCGCUGCUAAUGGAUUCCUCUUUGUGGCGCGACAUAGAGUAUUAUACAUUUCGUAUACACUCUUCGGGACUGUUGAAUUUUUAUACACGCAGUUGUUUUGAAACGGCUCUAUAUGCUGGACUAGUGACCCGUCUGCCGGCCAAUAGUGAGUACACUUCAGCUGGCCUAGCCCACUUGGCCAUUGCUUUCAUUUAUCUUUUGGUUAUGUGUGUCCUGGGUGGAAUUGUGUUUAGCUUGGAAAUACUCCACGCAAGAGUUUCGGAACGCAAGAAAGUAUUUUAAGAAAGUAUAUUACAAAAUUUAAAUAAACAAUAACCAAAUUGUGUGUGAGCUAAACAGAAGAUGUUUGUUUUUGCAUAUAUUUCGCUUCGAGAUUCCAGUAAUCUGGAGAUUUUUAACUAGUUGGGAAUUGUAGAGAAAACGUAAAUGCGUUCCUAGCUAC